UUUUGCGCGGGUGAUGCAUUCAUUUAGGUUAAGUUAGGCUUGCUUUUGAUGCUCAAUUAUUUUAAUGAAUUUUAUAUUUUAUUUUGUUGAUAAGUGUAAAUAGUAUUUUAUUAAAAUGGAGCCGAUGACAUUAGGUAGCCCUUCUAACAGUCCAGCACCUGAACAAUAUUUGCCAUGCUUUCUUCUUGGCGACAAUAGCUUUUCUCAGACACCUAGGAGAAAUAGAUUGUCACCUGUACAAGAUCGCAGCCUAACGUUUGGUAAUAUAAAAGGUCCAUCAUCAUUGUCGAGUAGUGUAAAUAAUGAGUAUGACAAGCAGAAAAAUGUAUCUGCCAUAAAGUUCGGACCUCCUAUCAUUGACCUCUUUGAUGAUAUGCCCACAACAUACAAAUUACCUCCAGAUGCUUUUACUCCUGAUUCUCUACUAAAACGAGAGGGGGCUUCUAAUCAUAAAGACACUAAUAGAAGUAUAUAUAGUCCUGAAAAUAAAUUUUCAGUCACUUCUAAUCAUAAAGACACUAAUAGAAGUAUAUAUAGUCCUGAAAGUAACUUUUCAGUCAUUUCUAAUCAGAAAGAUGCUAAUAGGAGUAUGUAUAGUCCUGAAUGUAACUCGGCAUUAAAUACGUCAUCCAUGCCAUACCAAUUCAAUUUGAACAACACAAGUGUGGCAUAUAAAACUCCACAGUUUACGAAUUCACAAAUGUCGGCAGCUGAAGUAUUUAACAAUAGCAAUAAUAUAAAUUCGUCUGCUUAUGGUUCAAAAAGACCAUAUCCUUAUAAUGAGACAACUUUUCAGUCGACAUAUGAUACAUCGAUUGGAAGUAAUAAUUUAACUUAUAAUAGUAAUUCAAAUUAUAAUUCUAGUAGAUUUAUAGAACAAGAAUUCUGGGUGACAAUUUUUGGCUUUAUGCCUGAGAUGCAUAUGGAAAUAGCUAGUUUUUUCCAAAGUGUUGGAAACUUUAUAGACAAAUACGUGAAGCCAGAUUGUAAUUUCCUUUGUUUAAAAUAUGCGUCACGAUUAGAAGCACGCCAAGUUCUCACUUACAAUGGAUAUUUAUUUAAACCUGGUAUCAUUAUUGGAGUUAUGUUAUGUGAUAAUCCUGAACUGGUGGGUCAGGAUGUGUCAACUAUUGGAAAUAUUGAUUAUGAAAGUAAAGCUAAAUUGGAAAGAUUAAGGCAUAUGUCUCAGACUGCGAAUAGAUCACCUCCAAUAGUACAACGUGCCAAGAAGAGGAAGAAUGAUGUUGGAUUAAUAGGUAAAGCCAUUGACUACAUUAUGAGUUGGUGACCUAUGAUUUUGUACAUAUUUUAACGUUUUAUAUUUAAAUUGUAAAGUGUUUAAUUACAAUUGAACUUUCUGUUCUUCAAAAUUGAGAGCAAGGGUUAACUGUACGAUAAAUUGAGCCAUAAGUGUUGUUUACUGUAAAUAAUGAACAAAAUCUAAGCAAAUAUCAUUAAUAUUAUUA